AGGCGGUAGAGGGAUAGAGGUUGAUAAGGCUGCACCAGGAAACCGGUUACAAUAGGGAGCAAGUGGAGCUGUAUCCUCUGUGUGAUUCUGCUGCAGCUUCUCUCUGUCACUGAUAAAUCCAACACAGGGAAGGAGCACACACUGAACGGGCUGAGACUUCAUUCAUUCUCUGCACAGAAAGUCUGGAUGAUGUCAUCAGAGCACCUGACCUGUGGCUGGCUGCAGCAGCUACUCCUCGUACUUGUCAAGCUUUGCUUCACAUUUGCUGGGCCUUUGCGACCGCUCAUUGGGACAGAAUGCACAGCCAAGAGUCCUGCUUCCUACAUCCUGGUCUUUACUGGUCACUGGAGCCCACAGGCUUUCCCAAAACAAUAUCCACUUUUCCGACCCCCUGCACAGUGGUCCAAACUCAUAGCGGUCAGCCAUAAUCGUCAUUUUCGGCUAUGGGAGGAGGGCACUCCAGCCAGUGCAGGGGUUCAGCACUUUGCUGAACUCGGGGUGACGGUGGAGCUGAUGAAGGCAGCCAAGGAGGCCAGGAAGAAACGUGUGGUCGGCGCCAUGUACAGAACGGCUGGCAUCCCUAACGGCAUCGGGCACAGCUCCACAGAGAUGCUUAUUCAGCCCCGGUGUUCACUGUUGUCCCUGAUGGUGAAGAUGAUCCCCAGCCCUGACUGGUUUGUUGGUGUGGACAGCCUAAAUCUUUGCGAGGGCAACCAGUGGAAACAGGAAGUGACCGUUGACCUCCACCCUUAUGACGCUGGCACAGAUAGUGGAUUCACUUUCUCAUCUCCCAACUUCCCCACCAGCCCUCCAGAAAACAUCACAAAGAUCACCUCUCAGUUUCCAAACCACCCAGCCAACUCCUUCUACUAUCCACGCUUAAAGGAGCUUCCACCAAUUGCCAGCAUUAGGAUCAUGCGACAGAGCAGGUCACGUGACCAUCAAAGCCCGAUGUCCAACCAUAUUCUACCCAACUCCAUCAGUCCCCAGCGCUUCUCAGCAACACCACUGGACUGUGAAGUGUCCCUCUGGUCGUCUUGGGGUUUGUGCCUGGGCCCUUGCUCCAGGGGUGGUGUCCGCCACCGCACACGCUACAUCCUCUUGCGGCCGGCCAACGCUGGAACCCCCUGCCCUGAACUGGAGGAACAGUCUGAAUGCGUACCGCACAGCUGCAUGCAACACCAGUAACUCCAGAGUGCACGAGCACAGAUGCUGCCAGUAUGCAACACGCUGGGACUUUUGUGUUGUUGCUGCCGGACUUUAAAAGGUUGCUGCAUCUUGAACAUCGCAUUUAUAAAGCAAAGGGUUCAGCUUUCUUUGUUACAGAUGAGUUGUGUAAGUUUAAGAUGCGGUACAAUACCAGUGAAGGCCAUCAGAUUUAGCGUGAAUGCUCCCCUGGAACUGGGUUUAUUUAAUGGUAUUAAAGGGAAACCAAAGUCUGAUUGUAA